GAAAGCAACAAUUUGGCGAAAGACUACGCUCUAACAGUUCACCUUCCUAAAGAAGCCAGUGAAAUGGCUGUAAAAAGAAAUGCAUCAUAUAUUGGAAUUCUGCUUUUUCCAGGAAUCCCUCAAAUUAGCGCAACUAGUUUCCUCUUUAACAAUCAAAUCGUGGGGAUUGAAAUGGGAGUCAACAUAUCCAACCUCUCAGAAACCAUCGACAUUAACUUCAAUAACGUGAAUAGGACUGGAUUCAGUGUUUCUUGCGUAUCAUGGGAUGGGAGAAGUAAACGUGAUGGCGCAGACAACUGGAUCACAGAUGGCUGCAAAACAAAAGAGGCUGAUGACAGCGUCAUAUGCCAAUGCUCUCACCUUACUUUUUUUGCUAUUCUCAUGACAUCAUCUGGAACUAGAAAUAUCAGCUCAUCUGAUUUGAAAACCCUGACCCAAAUCACAAAAGCCGGCUGUGGCAUGUCCUUGUUCUUCUUGGGUGUGGCUCUCUUCAUGCAUUUUCUCAUGAGGAAAACUAAAGCCAGCCAAGCUGUAAAUGUCCUGAUGAAUCUCUUCAUCGCCCUGUUCAUCCUGAACCUUUGCUUCUUGAUAAAUGAGUCAAUCGCUAACCUGAAGAUCUUUGCAGCAUGUGUGGCGAUAGCAGUGGCUCUGCACUACAGCAUGCUGGCCACAUUCACAUGGUUCUUCAUGCAGGCUUUGCACCUGUGCUGGAUCCCUGAUUAUUCAUGGCACUUAGGCGUGAACACUGGUUAUUAUGGCAUUGUGUUCCUCUUCACUUUAACUAUAUUCAUUGUAACUGUAGUGCAUAUCACUCAGUUUGCAUCUAAAGCAAAGAACAAAAUCUCAACCAAGAAAAGGGUUUUCUCUCUCCUGGGGCUUUUCAGUCUUCUGGGCAUCACCUGGGGGUUUGCUUUUUUUAGCUAUGGCCCUCUGCUCCUUCCUUCCUACUACAUCUUCACCAUCCUCAACUCCUUUCAAGGAUUCUUCCUGUUCGUUUACUACUACUUCUCCAGCAGGAUCAAUCCAGAGGACAAAAAUCAACUCGAGAGAAGCAGCCAUACCACAGAGCAUGUGUAUAUCACAUCUCCUUAUGCAUAAGGUCCUAAUUUCUCCAUUUUUAGUUUCUCCCACUACUGUGGAUAUGCAAGAUAUGGAAAUGUGAGUUAUGGUAAAACUGAAAACUAAUACCAGAAAUGUUCUAAUUAAGGGCUUUUGGCUUUCAAUCAGAACAAGUUGUAGGCGUUGUUUGGAUUCCAAAAAUAAAUAAACUAAAAGUACGCUCUAAUUCACCCGUUUUGUCACGGUGUUUGGCAAGAACAGUCCUGCUUUUGCCUACCCGCGGGACCCGGAAGUAGCGUGAACGUCACGCGUGAACUACCCUCUACUUGCAUAAAAAUCCCUACCAAUGAGUUUUAGUUUAAGAGCGAUUUAGAUAGCUGCUGAGAGCAACUCUGAGUAAGGAAAUAAUGGACAUUUUGACCUUAGUGAAGAGGUGUGGUUGACCCAAUUGCAAGGUGUGACUCCUUUUUUAACUCUGUCUUUUAAGAGCUGUGAUUGGUGGAUCCAAGAAAAAAAAACACAAAUGCGCUCUCAGUAUUUAAAGAAGAGAA